AUGAAGAAGAAAAUGAAAGGGCACUUCCUCCCUUUCGGCUAUACUCAAACCUUGUUUCAGAGGCUUCAUUCAUUAAGGCAACGCGCAAGAUCAGUCAAUGAUUAUACUGAAGAAUUCUAUCAGUUGGUGGCUCGGAAUGAUUUAUCUGAAACGGAGGAGCAGAUGGUAGCACGGUAUUUGGGGAGAUUAAGGCAGCCCCUGCAGGAUGUUCUCAGCCUUCAUUCAUUGUGGACAGUUUCUGAGGCAUGUCAGCGAGCACUUGCAGUAAAGAAACAGCAAAGUAGGAGGCCAGUGAUCAGAGGUGAAGAAAGUCAGCUAGUUCGCCCUCAAGAAUCUCGUCCUGCUUAUCAGCCACAGCAGGAUAGUUCCAGCUCAAGUAUUAAGUACUUUAGGUGUGGUGAACAGGGGCAUAGGGCGACUGAUUGCAGGAAGCCUACUGGUCAGAAGAAUAAAAAUCUUCUGAUUGAGAAGGAUAUGAUAGAGGAGUUCGAGGAAGUUGGGGAACCCGUGUAUGAUGAGGGUGAAGAUGAGGACGUGCUAUAUGGAGAUGGUCAGGAGACCCUGGUCGUUCGAAAGAGCCUGCUGACUCCCAAGGGCGACGCAGGGGAUGAUUGGUUGAGGACCAAUGUUUUCCACACAAUCUGCACAGUUGCUGAUAAAGUCUGUAAGCUGAUAAUUGAUAGUGGCAGUUGUGAAAAUGUAGUGUCUGAGGAGGCUAUCGAGAAACUGCAACUGAAGAUGGAUCGUCAUCCCAAACCAUACAAGUUGUCUUGGCUAAAUAAAGGCAGUGAGGUAACGGUAGAAAAACGAUGCUUAGUGUCUUUCUCAAUUGGAAAAAAAUAUUUUGAUAAUGCUUGGUGUGAUGUGGUAUCAAUGGACGCCUGUCAUGUUUUGUUGGGACGACCUUGGCAGUAUGAUCGCAGUGUUAUCCAUGAUGAGCGAAAGAAUGCUUAUUCUCUUAGUAUUAAAGGAAAGAGAAUUGUUUUGGUGCCUCGCACGGGAGGAAACAUCCCUGCCCCGGUAGUUAAAAACCCCAAUCUACUUUCUAUGUCCAGGUUUUUGGUUGAGAUUGGGCGUGAAAAAAUAAUUUAUGCUUUAAUGCCUCGUGAAAAUAGUACAACGAGUGUGGAUUCAGAAUUUCCAGCAGAAGUACAACAACUACUGAUGGAGUUUUCUGACUUGAUGCCGGAGGAUCUUCCUCCAGGACUACCACCUAUGAGGGACAUUCAACAUCAGAUCGACCUCAUUCCAGGGUCGAGUCUACCAAACCGACCAGCAUAUCAUCUCAGUCCCAAGGAAGCUGAAAAGUUGCAGCGAGAGGUGGUAGAAUUAUUGGAAAGGGGCUACAUUCGUGAGAGUAUGAGUCCUUGUGCAGUUCCUGCUCUCCUAGUGCCGAAGAAAGAUGGGUCAUGGCAUAUGUGUGUUGAUAGCAGGGCAAUUAACAGGAUUACAGUGAAGUACAGGUUUCCAAUUCCCCGUCCGGACGACAUGUUGGAUCAAUUGUCCGGUUCUAAGGUCUUCUCAAAAUUUGACCUUAAAAGUGGAUACCACCAAAUCAGAAUCAGACCUGGAGAUGAGUGGAAGACCGCGUUCAAGACACAGCAUGGGUUGUACGAGUGGAUGGUCAUGCCCUUUGGACUAUCCAACGCACCCAGCACUUUUAUGAGGUUUAUGCAUCAGGUUUUACGGCCUUUCAUGGGGAAGUUUGUGGUAGUUUAUUUUGAUGACAUACUUAUUUAUAGUCUGACAUGGGAGUCACAUUUUAAUCAUCUUCGUGCUAUCUUUGAUGUAAUGAGGACGGAGCGCUUAUUCAUCAAUUAG